AUGGAUAUAGAAGCCAAUGCUUAUACUAGAGAAUUAAUCCACUAUUAUCAGCACAUCAAUAUCUCACCAGACUAUCCUCGAGCAUUACUGCGUAUCUACAUAAUCAUGGCUCCCUCCACCAAUGACUCGCCUCUUGGUAUCUCCACCUCACCAUUUGCCUGCAGAGUAGGCAUCAACGGCUUUGGCCGGAUAGGCCGCAACCUCCUCCGCGCAUCCCUUGUCCGCUCAGACAUCCAAGUCGUCGCCAUCAACCACACAUGCGUCACAGUCGAAGACCUCAUCUACCUCAUUCGAUAUGACUCCUCCAUGGGAGACCUCGACGAUGGAACAUCUAUUCAAAUAAAAUCCGAAAACCUCAUCAUCAUAGACGGCAGCCCCAUUACCUUGACCUCUGAGCGCGACCUGAAGAAGCUUAAAUGGGAUGCCCUGGGCGUCGACUAUGUACUCGAAUGUACAGGCAAAUUCACAAAGUCGCACCAAGCUAUAGAACACAUCACCUAUGGAAAGGCAAAGCGAGUCCUGAUCUCUGCACCCUCUGAUUCGCCCACCUUUGUCUAUGGCGUUAACUCCAGCUCGUACCGUCCUACUGAGGAGAACCUGGUCAUUUCUAAUGCCAGCUGCACAACGAACUGCGUUACGCCGGUGUUGAAGGUGCUUCAUGAGAAUUUUGGUGUCGCUCAGGGAUUUUUGACGACUAUUCAUGCUGCUACUCGGUCUCAGCAGGUUCUGGAUGGGUAUAGCAAGAAGAACCGUCGGCUUGGUGAGUUAACCAUUCCACACAUAUAUGAUCGACCGGAACUGAUCUCUCUGUUUGUAGGUCGUGGGGUCUUCAAUAAUAUCAUCCCGACAACUACUGGCGCUUCAAAAGCCGUUGCUUCAGUGCUGCCCGAGCUAAGCGGCAAGGUGACGGGCGUAUCGAUCCGUGUACCGACACCCAAUGUCUCGAUGAUUGAUCUUACAAUCAGCACCGAGAAGCCCACAUCCCUCUCAGAAAUCAUUUCUACCUUCCGCGUCGCAUCCAAGUCCAGCAUGGCUGGCGUGCUGAGGGUUACAGAUGAGGAGCUCGUAAGCGCUGACUACAAUGGAAGCCCAUAUAGUGCUAUCAUUGAUGCGCCUGCAUGUUCGGAGCUGAAUCCUCAGUUCUUCAAAAUUAUGGCAUGGUACGAUAACGAGUGGGGUUACUCGAAUCGUCUACUGGAUCUGGCGACACAUGUCCACGCUGCUCAGAACAUGCAAUAA